AUGGAUCUCAUUCCAAGUGCCUUUGUGGCACGUCCCUUGAAGAUUGUGGUUAUCGGUGCCGGUAUUUCGGGCAUUCAAUUUGCACACGAUGCGAGCACAUCCUUGUCAAAUGUAGAUCUCAAAAUCUACGACAGGAAUCCUACCCUGGGGGGUACAUGGUAUGAAAAUCGAUAUCCCGGAUGCACAUGCGAUGUGCCUUCCCAUACCUACCAGUUCAAUUGGGCGCCAAAUCCAUCAUGGUCAUCGCUUUAUCCUCCAGCUCCCGAGAUUCACAGAUACUUAGAGGAUGUUGUCGAUAGGCAUAAUCUCCGCCGCUUCAUGACCUUCAACACCAAAUGUGUCUUGGCUGAAUGGAACGAAGAGUCUUCUAAAUGGAAAAUUGUUCUUCAUGACCAAAUUUCCAGUGAGGAAAAGACCAUCUUUGCAGAUGUCUUUGUCUAUGCUGUUGGGCGGUUGAACAACUACAAAUUCCCCAAGAUUGCUGGCCAGAAAACCUUCCGAGGAGCCCAAGUACACACCGCAAAUUGGCCUGCUGAUAUGGCUGUCAAGGACAAGCGGGUAAUUGUGAUUGGAAAUGGUGCAAGCGCCGUCCAAUGUGUGGCAGCUUUGCAGCCAGGUGAGUCGCCACACUUUCCCCGAAGAAGCACCACGCUGACCGGGCUGCGCCCUCAAGUUGCUUCAAAAAUAAUCAACAUUGCUCGAGGCCCAACGUGGAUCCUCCCACAUGCAGCGGCUGAAGAUGGUACGGUUCAGCGCGAAUACUCAACCGAACAGAAGCAAGCUCUCCUGGCUUCCCCUAUGCGCUAUUAUGAGUUUUGCGUCGCAUUAGAGCAGAGACUUGCCGGAAGUUUUACAGGACUCUGGAAGGGGACUAAGUCUCAAGCCAACUUUACAGCAUUGGCGCGUUCAUUCAUGAAGUCCAAGAUCACAAGCCCAGAGCUCCUAAAUGCACUCUUACCAGAAUUCGAAGCUGGCUGUCGUCGCUUCACGCCUGGUGGUCACUAUUUGGAUGCGUUGCAGAAACCUAAUGCCGGGUAUGUGUACGACUCAAUCAGUAGGCUGACCGAAGAUAGCCUUAUCACUGAGUCGGGUGGGGAGUACGAGUGUGACAUAUUAGUAUACGCCACCGGAUUCGAGCCAUAUCAGCCACGGUUCCCAGUCAUUGGCCGAGCUGGACGAUCACUGAGUGAAGAUUGGGAUCGCGAAGGACCUUGUGAAAGUUAUAUGGCCGCGAUGGUUGCUGAGUUCCCAAACUUCUUUGUCUUUAACCCCCCAAUCUGCCCCGUGAAUGGAUCGGCAAUCCCCGGAAUCGCGAGAGCAAGCAAUUAUAUGAUUCGAGUCUUGUCCCGACUCCAGACCGACAAACUGCGAUCUGUAUCUGUGAGCCAGCGGGCUCAACGUGCAUUUAACCAAUGGGUUCAGUCGAGAAUGCCUCACAUGGUCUGGUCAGGACCAUGCAAAUCAUGGUACAAGAACGACAAUGGAAAGGUGGUUGUUCCCUGGCCUGGCACUGUUCUCCACUACUAUGCGGCAACUGAAAUUGUCCGCUGGGAAGACUUCGAUUUAGUCUACGAGAACCCCGAUGAGAAAUAUGCAAGUUUCGGCAAUGGUGUGACUGUUGAUGGAUUCAAACCAAAUCGUUUCCCCUGGGUUAUUCCACCCACUGAUGUACACAAGCUAGAAAGGAAUGUGGAGCAGACUUCUGAAGACUUUGCUCCACCAAGCAACGUGUUGCAUCGUGUGACAAGUCAUUUUUUGCAGUCGCUAGGCGCAUGGCUGUAUCCUGUUCAGCCCCCAGUCAAAGGCUGA